CGCUCCCGUUUCGCCUGCGCACCAGCCGGCGCCUGCGUGAUAGCAACGAGGCCCGCUCCCCGGCGCAGGCGCAGUGGCCUUAGCGCGCGCGACUGGGAUUGCACGGGAGGAGGCCUCCGCCGCUGAGGCGGGCGAGCGCGAGGAUUGGGGGAGAAAACGAGGAGAGAGCGAAACUGCGCAGGCGCAGUUCCGUCGGCGAGAGCGCGAGCCGGAUAAGCGCCUUUCUUGCCGAUUAAUUUUUCCCCCUCUCUCUCUCGUCUCUCUUCUUCCUCCCCCUCCCUCCUCCUCCCCCCUCCCCCCUCAGCGGAGCGCGCGCGCCAUGGACGUGAAGCGGCUGAAGGUGACGGAGCUGCGGGCCGAGCUCGGGCGGAGAGGCCUGGAUUCCCGCGGCCUGAAAGUGGAGCUGGCCCAGCGCCUCCAGGAGGCCUUGGACGCCGAGAUGCUGGCGGCCGGGCCCGACGAAGGCGGGGCGGAGUCGGCCGUGGUGGCCGGGCAGAGCCUCGCCAGGGCCCGCUUGGCGGGCGGCGAAAACGACGACGACGACGAGGACGAAGAAGACGAGGAGGACGAGGAGGAGGAAGACGAGGACGAGGAGGCGCUGCUGGCCGACGAGGAGGAGCAGAUGCAGUCUGGGCCGGGUGAGGGCGAGGGCCAGGCCCUCCUUGCUCAGCCCUCCGGGGAUGCGGGCGAGGGCCAGGCCCAGGCGGGCGGCAGCGGCGGCGGAGUCAACGGCGCUCAGCCCUCCCAGGAGGAAGGAGGCCCCGGCGCGGACGAAGCGGCGGCAGACGCGGAGGCCAAACAAGAAGACGACCAGGCCGCAAAUGAAGAUGAUGAGAAAGCAAAGCAGGCUGGUUCAGAUGGAGAACGCCGUGGACUAAAAAGACAGCGUGAAGAGAAGGAAGAGCACGGCCGUGCCUAUUAUGAGUUUCGAGAAGAGGCAUACAACAGCCGAUCCAAGUCUCCACCACCACCAGAAGAGGAGGCUAGAGAAGAAGAUGAUGAAAAUGCUGUGAUUUUGGACACCCAUACAUCUGAUCUCCACUUCAGAGCCACUAAGGACCGUUAUGGAGGGCAGCCGCUGUUCUCUGAGAAAUUUCCCAACCUUUGGUCGGGGGCGAGAAGCACACAUGGAGUGGCAAAGGGGAAAGUCUGCUUUGAGGCCAAGUGGAGCCCAGCCCCUUGGUUUACUGCGGAGCUGGGUGACAUGAAGAGGGCCGGGAGACGUCUAGAGCGGCGUUGGCGGAAAACUAAGAGUGAAGCCGACAGAGCGUGCUAUAGAGCUCAUUGGAAGACCUAUGAGGCGGCGCUGACAGCGGCAAAGAAAGCCUACUUCUCUACUCCCAAUGAAUCAACUAGUUCGCGACCAGCUGAGUUGUUGAAGGUGGCUCAAAACCUCCCACUGAAGGAAGGCUGCACAGAGACCUCACUGCUUCGCGUUGGAUGGUCUGUCGAUCUCUCUCGUACACAGCUAGGUGAGGAUGAGUUUUCUUAUGGCUACGAUGGACGAGGGUUGAAGGCUGAAAAUGGGCAGUUCGAAGAAUAUGGUCAGCCCUUUGGGGAGAAUGAUGUGAUCAGUUGCUUUGCUAACUUCGAAAGCGAUGAGGUGGAGCUCUCCUUCUCCAAGAACGGGGAAGACCUGGGUGUGGCCUUCCGGAUCAGCAAGGAAUCGCUGGGUGACAGAGCUUUGCUGCCGCAUGUGCUGUGCAAGAACUGCUCUGUGGAGCUGAAUUUUGGCCAAAAGGAGGAGCCAUUCUUUCCAGUUCCUGAGGAAUACAUGUUCAUUCAUAGUGUACCUGUUGAGGAUCGUGUGCGCACCCCUCAGCCGCCCAAGACCACUGAGGAGUGUGAGGUGCUGUUGAUGGUUGGACUACCAGGGUGUGGGAAAACCCAGUGGACGCAGAAGCACAUCCAAGAUAAUCCAGACAAACGCUACAAUGUCUUGGGGACGGAUGCUGUUCUUUUCCAAAUGAGAACCAGGGGGCCUGAAGUUGAAGAACUGGACACCAAAAGUCAAGAUCAACUAACUCAGCAAGCUGCCCGUUGUGUUAGUAAGCUGGUUCAGAUUGCCCCCAGGACAAAAAGGAAUUUCAUUCUUGAUCAGUGUAAUGUGUACAAUUCUGGCCAACGGAGGAAGCUACUUAACUUCAAGGGAUUCUCACGCAAGGUGAUUUUAAUUGUCCCCAAUGAAGAGGACUGGAAGCAGAGGCUGGAAUUGAGGAAGGAGACUGAGAAGGAUGAUGUGCCUGAGUCAGUGAUGCUGGAAAUGAAAGCCAACUUCUCCCUUCCGGAGAAGUGUGACUACAUCGAUGAAGUCCUGUACGAAGAGCUUGCAAAGGAAGAGGCUCAGCCCCUGGUUACCAAAUACAAGGAGGAGGCCCGAAAACUGCUUCCGCCCUCCGAGAAGCGAACAAACAGACGCAACAACCGCAACAAACGCAACCGCCAGAACCGCAACCGUGGCCAGGGAUAUGCUCAGCCCAGGCAUCCAAGUAUGCAGCACCCCCCCGGGCUGCUGUUUGGUGGGCAGCGCCGAGGUUAUGACAAUCGGGUUUAUGGGCAGCAGCAGCAGCAGCAGCAACAGCAGUACUGGGGACAGCCUGGGAACAGAGGUGGUGGUGGCUACCGCAACUUCUAUGACAGAUACAGGGGGGACUACAACCGUUUCUAUGGACGUGAUUAUGAGUAUAACAGAUACAGAGACUACUACAGGGACUACAAUCGGGAGUGGCAGAACUACUACCAAGACAGAGACCGAUAUUACAGGAACUACUAUGGCUACCAGGGGUACCGGUGAAACCCCAGUGAUCUUCACCCUUCAGCCAAGCAACGAGAUUCUACUGAGGGGAAGUGUCUUGUAAUUUCCCAAGAUGCAACCAAUGGAAAGAGGGCUGUUGGGAAAGAGGCAGCAGGGGUAAAGGGGGGUGGGGGUGGGGAGGUUUAAACAAAAAUUGUAAAUUUUUUUUUAAAGUUUGUUGAAAGAAUAUUGUCUUAUUCUAUAAAAAAAGAAAAAAAACAUUUCAAACCUAGUUUAGACAUUUGUAAUCAAAACAUCUGCGCAAAAAGGAAAGCAGCACUUAGCGCUGCCUGUGAUUGGACAGGAAAACGUGACAUCGUAGAACAGCUGGACUGGCAGCCAGGGUGGGGGCACAGAGCUCCUGAGAGAUGCUCAUUGAGAGGGCGUUUGUGAGAGAAUGCUGGGGAAAAGGUGGCUCAUGCAAAUGGGGGAGUGUACAUUCUGACCACCAACUAUUGCAGGAAAACCAUAUUUAAGGUUCUUGUUUGCCACUUUGUUUUUUGGUGGGUGGACAGUGGCAUGAAUCUUCUUCAUGUUGAGUGACACAUAUUCCAUCUUGGAGACGCGGAGAAGGAGGUUGUGGUGCUCCCUUUUCCUCUCUGUGUUCAGCCUGUGUUUUCAGACAGUGAAUUGCUGGGAGGCCUGCUGGGCAUUGUGUGUCCCAGGCCCGAGGCUUCUCUUGAGCCUCUCCCUGCUCCUCCAGGAGUCUUCCUGAACCCUCUUAGUGUGAUACUGUAAUCCAUCUCGCAGAAGGAAGUCUGAGAAUUUGAGCUGUAGAGCUGCUGCCUCGUUUUCCAUGGCCAAAGCAGGCUGCCCUGGGUGUCCCCCUGCACACAUGCCCUUCCUCCCAAAGCUUAGCUGGCCCCUUUCUCUCUGUGUAGCAUCUGCGCUCUUGUCAGUGGAGUGGAAGGAACAUUUUUUCUCAGGGUUUCCGCAGGAUCUUCUCAUUGUUGGCGCCUAACAUGUAUAUAAGCAAAAUUGUGCAAGCAUGUAAUGUCCCCUUUUGAGGAGCUUAACGCUGAGAAUAGCAACAAUUUUAUACACUUAGUGCAGGGGGGGCAGCAGGCUGGGGUGGGGGAGAGGACUCAAUUCACUCUGUGCUUGUUGUGGUUUUGAUACAAACUUGGUAGGCUCUGUAUAUAGGAAACUAAGUGGGAAAGGGGGCAAAAAGAGGGACUAUGCUUAUUUAGGGGGUUGGGGGAGAGUUGUAUGUGCCCCUCGUUUGAAAAAUAUUAACUUUCCAAAACCUGGCCUUUGAAGUUCAGUUUUCAGAGGGUUUGAGGUCUGUUCUGUGGGUUUCUAUUGAAAUACUUUUUUAAAAAAUUAGUGUGCCCAGUGCUUAAGAUGUUCUCUGUGGUAUUUGUCUGAUUACAUGGAGGGGAAAAAACUAUCCCUUUUCAAACAGCCAAGUGGGUUUGUUCAGUAGCGGGCAUCUUUCUCUUGCUUCUUUUUUCUUUCUCUUUUUUAAGGUGGUAGGGGAGAGAAGAUGAAUAGUAUUUCUCAUCCUAAAAUACAGGGAUCUGAUAAUUAAUUUUGCUUCCCCAUAAGAUUUUCCCACAGAACAAAAGGGAUGGGGAGGGGGGACUGGGGGAAAGGCUUUUUAGGACAGGAUGCCCUCCUUCCUUGGAUGUGAAUGGUGUUACUAUCCCUGGUUUCUGAAUCUGUCUCCAGCUUACCUAAUUGUGUCUGAAUCUCCUGCCACAGGGACUGAAGAUUUGCCUCCAUUCCUUGUGAUUCACUGUUUGAAAUUCAAACUUUUAAAUUUUUCUUUUAAAAUUCUGGGGUUUUUUUUAGAAUACACUCAAAAAGCCUUUGUAAGUUGCUUUGUCUCCCCACGAGAGUGCUAAUUUCCUGCAUCCCAGCUAGAUAAAAGAAUGGAGGCCUGCCAGCUCCAGAAGGCAUCGAUCCUUAGAUAAGGGAGUAGAGGGAAGGGGAAGGCAGCUGACUCCCAGCCCUCUUGCCCUUGCUCAAAAUACAGGAGUUAGAGAGAAGCAGGAUUCUUCUAUCUCCAUGCAUGUGUGUAUUCAAGAAUGUUUGUGUGACAACUGUUUUUAUAACAAAGUUAAACUGGUAUUUUAAACGCUUCAGGCCAUUAGAAAAUAUUCUUCUGGGGAAGAGGGGUGUGUGUGAGAGAGAGCGAGAGCGCGCAAAUAUCUUCAGUAGCUGAACACUUGUGUGGGUGCGUGAUGUCUUGAUGCUAUGAAGUGUUAAUUUGGGGUGCUCUUUCCAGCACAAUGGCACCGGCAGCCUUGAUGUAAGCAAGCAGGUCCCCCCUGGUGUGUCUUUCAGGAUCACAAGAUGAGGUGGAACAGGCACCGGACCCAGACUAGCUUCAACACCUUUGGGAAGUAUCUGUCACAGUUAAACGAGAACUACAGUACUUUUUCCCUGGGGAGAAUGACUCAAACUGUCGCAUCCUAGACCAUCAGAACGCGAAAUCUUGGCAACUUCGGUAGAUGUCUUCUUUUUUCUGCACAUUUUUGUUUAAAAAAAAAAGAAAAAUAAUUAAAUGGAAAAAAAUUACAAAAAAAGGAAAUCCAGCCUGUUUAAAAUCUGUUAGUGUUUUUCAUGAUUGUAUGUCUUAGUUGCUGUAGAUGGAAAGCUCGAGCGAAACGGAGGCUGUAAAUGUUUUUACAAACUGUAAAACGUUUAAGUGGCCAGUAAAAAAGGGGUUUGCCAUUGAACAUGUAACUGUGGUUGUUUACAUCUGUAACUUUCUUUCCUUAACAAUUCUGGCAUAUGUAGGUUGAUAAACUUCCAUUUUUAGAAUAAAUAACCAUUCGCUUGACUCCACAUCAUUCUGUUGCUGCACUGACUUCUUCGGUGUCGUUAUGCUUUUUGCUCGUCUUUUCUCCCCACCUCCAAUAAAAAAACUGAAAAAGA